UAUAUAUAACUGUGUAAAGUUAAUUUUUUUUCACAGAUGGAAUCUUUAAGAACAUUAAGGUACAGAUUAUGGGUGCUAGAUCAACAAAGGGUGAUAGAUAUCGCAUGGAUGCAAAGAUGGCUUAUCAUGGUCAUUUUUGCUUUUAUCAGUAUUCUAUAUCUAUGGGAUUGGUUAGUAGCUGAGGAUGACCCAACUGGACAUUUCCCAGCAGCUUUACUUCCACUUGAGCUGCGGAAAAAGAUGCCAGCUCAUGGAUUUACCAGUGAAGAAGAUGCACGUGCAUUUGCAAUUCGGGAGAUCGAAAUUGCAGUUGUUGCAUGUAAAAGAGAUUUUGAUAAAGAUGAAGAAAGUGCAAUUGACGCAGUCACCAUGAUGAAAAGUGCCACAAUGAUGUCAAAAUCUGUUAUUCAUUUUCAUAUAUUUACGGAGGAUCAACUGUAUGCAACGCUUAUGCGAGAACUUGACAAAUGGCCCUCCUAUAUUCGACAUCGUGUGUCUUUUAAAUUCAGUCAUGUUACUUACCCUGAAUCACUGUUAGGGUGGCGAAACCUGCAUCAGCCAUGUUCUGCAUUUAAACUUUUUCUUCCACAUGUUUUAAAAGAGAUAGAUCAUGUUUUAUAUAUUGACAGUCACUCAGUGUUUUUGAACUCUUUGGACAAUUUAUGGUCUGAAUUAAUAAGAUUCAAGUCUGACAAUGCAAUAUCUCUGACAGCUCCAUCAGAUCCCACUAAUUCUCAUUAUAGCUAUCCAUUAUCACGAUAUGGGAUUCGUUCGAUUGACACUGGAAUCAUUCUGUAUGACAUGUUUAGAUUGAGGCAUUCAGUGUUUCAAAUUCCAGUUAGUAUCAAAACUAUGCAAGACUCAAAUUUGUUUGAGUUUGAAAUCCGUAAUAUGACUUAUCAUCCUAACAUGCUUCAUACUGUAUAUGAACUUUUCAAAUCUGAUAUCACUGUGCCUGAUAGAGACAUAUUUGCAAUUAUAUCCCAUUUCAAUCCCCAUAAAAUCCAUAUGCUUCCAUGCAGCUGGAACUUUCGUUGGCAAUAUGCUGCCAAUGUUCUAAAGAAAACAAGACUUAUGUUUCUUGAGUCAGUUUUAAGUAGCUGUAAAGAUAAACAUGUGCCCCAUCCCUGCGAUACAGCUUUUCUUAUCCAUAGUUGUCAAAGUUACACACAGCACCAACAUGAAGAAUUUUUAUUUGUAGAAAAUGCAUGGGAAAAUUCUGGGUUUAAAAAUUCUAGAGAUUUCAUUCUGGAUGAUAUUACUAGUUACACAAAUCACAGCAGGCCAAUUUCAAAGAGAAAAUACAAUGAUGAGUUUUUAAUAAAUAUGAGGUUAUUUUUAAAAAGUAUGAAAUAUGAACUUUCACGUAAUUGAUUUUAUGCUAUUUUUAUAAAUUUUGUAGAUCUCUACCCUAAUUUUUGAAUACUGAACAGUGGACACUUUAUGAAUAUCAUAGCCAUUAUCAUGGAUGGGCAAAACUGAGUGGUUAAUUAUUUAUAAUACAUUGUAGAAAAAUAAUUUUGAAUAUGUAAUAUCAAAUAUUUUCCAAAUCCAAAUUGAUCGAAAAAUAUAAAAAAAUAAUUAUUUAUGCA